CUCGCAGACGCUUUUGCGUCACGGAGGUAUAUCCUCGAUAUAUAUAUUCUCAGCCUUCGUAUCAGAUUUACGAAAUACGUUCCCCGCUUCGGUAUCUGGAUUUACAGGUUCGAUCUGCUGCUCCUCGACAUGAACAGCAUCCCGAAUACACCCAAAUGUCAUCCUCCGAAUUCCUAAAUAGGAAUUCCUCGGGGAAAGCCACGGACCCGCUCAUCAAUUUCCAGGUGAACAUCCCAGAGGACGAUAUCUGGGACAACUUUGUCACAGGGGACAGGGCCUCUUCCAAACCGCAGCCAUGUCCGAGCGAAUCCCAAACUUCGCCCAAGAAGAGGAGAUCAAAGGGUUCUAAUGUGACCCGAGCAUGUGGCAAUUGUCGAAAACGGCGGACAAGAUGUGAUGGUCAACCCCGAUGCUCCCAUUGCGUACGCAGAAAUGAGGAAUGCACGUAUGUCGGCCAUACGGACGGUCGAAAGACCGCAGCGAAGGGAUACGUCGAGAUGCUCGAGAGUCGGAUUAAACAGUUGGAACGAGAACGGUCCACGUCCUCAGUGGAGCCUACUGCUUGCCCAUUGACAGAGACAAGUCACCUAUCACCCUUGAACAGUACAGCGACCACAGUGCAGCAUGAAAAGUCCUACCAACUCUCAGGAGAGUUCACGUCGGCUGGAAACGAGUUUGCGACUCACUAUGGUCCUACCUCGGCGCUCAGGCACCUGCCUCCGGUAUUCAUGGUGACCACGGAAGAACGGCUCACGACCCAACACCGUGGUCAAGGAAUUGAAACCCUGACAAGACAGGUACUGGAGGCGAGCAGUCAGAUGUUACAGCUUGCACGUCCGCUCGAUCCGAUGAUUCACCGAACUCUAUUGAGGGUCUAUUUCAGCUACUUUGCGGAUUGGUGUCUGUGGUGUGACGAAGCGGCUUUUGUCGCCGGACUGAAAGCGAGCGCAGAAACGUCUCAACCCCUUCGAUCGCCGGAUUACUCGCCGUUCUUCCAUUGCACGAUCCUGGCAGUAACUGCGCUCCACUCUAAAUCCAUCUUUCCACCGGAAGUCGAUGUCACGGCAAUUCGGUCGUCACUGACCACUCGAGCGAAGGAGAUGAUGGAAGGAGAAUUGGGAAGACCACUGACCACAACGGUGAAGGGUUUGAUGCUAGUGGGAUCAGUCCAGUUCGAGAAUGCACAUAGACACGUCAAUCUUGGUUGGAUUUGCGAAGGAAUGGCAACGAGGGCGGCGCAGAUUCUUGGUCUGCAUAUCGAUUGCCAAGAUUUGGUUAGCAGUGCGCGCAUGUCUCAGGCAACCAAGAAUUACCGGGAUCGUACUUUCUACACGGUAUACAUUCAGGACAUCUUGUGGAGCUUCAUCGUCGGGCGCACUGCGAGCUUUCACGUCGAGGAUUUUGGCGUCCCGCUUCCGACCAUUGACGCGGAGCAAGAUGGCGCGCCAUGGCUGAGCCACCGAGACCGUACACAAUCUGGAGGUAAUGCGUUGGCGACAAGACCUGGGUGGAAGAGCUCCACCUUCCACUGGACUUGCCGCCUCAUUUGUCUUGCAGACUCGAUCCAUCAAUUACUGUACACAGUUCGUCCACGAACCACUGGGAUGGAGGAGACCAGAGACCAGAGCUCGAGAUUGAAUGUAAAAUUGGGUGCUUGGCUCGUGGAUCUCCCUAUUCCACUACGGCUGGAAGCUUGGGGCGAUUUCCAUGUGCCGCCACAUAUUCUCACCAUGCACGCCACGUUCCACUAUCUCCGUAUCCUUCUGCACCGUCCGAUGUACAAUCGUAUUAAGGAUGACGGGCAGCAGAGCGACGUACCUGUCUCAGUCGAGAUUUGCGAUACCUCAGCUGACGAGGUCUUUAACAUCGUCAAGCUGUUUAUCGACUCUUGCGACUCCCUUCAAUUUGCACCGUUUCUCUUCUCCGACAUCAUUUUCACCGUCGGUACGAUAUAUCUGUUGCAGAUUGUCAGGACCGAGAUCCAGGCCUCCACGGGGGAACCUCGCUCGUCCAAAACGCCUUCUUCUCCGAAACUGGACAAAUGUUUAGAGAUACUACAGGAGCUAGACUGGCCAGCUGCCACCAAUAGCAGGGACAGCCUUCUUAGAAUGAAGGCAGAACGACUUCAACCAAGCACUCGGAACUCGUCUUCCUCAACGGAUGAAACCGGGCAAUCGGGAAAUUCCAUCAAUAAGGCUGAUGCUCAGAGCCUGGAGGCCUUCCUGAGAAAUCCCUCGACGGAAGUGAUUCAGAUCCUGACCAACAUGGGAUGGAAGCCCCCUGAGAACCCUCCACCACUAGUCGAAGAGCAUUCUAAUCCAUUCUCGACCGGUUCUGACAAGGGAUUCGAAAGCGUGGAUGGUCAAUUUUCGAACAUGGUCAAUUUUAAUCAGAUGGCUUGGAUGGAUCCUAUACAGUACCUCUUGUCUGGUCAUUAUGAGAAUCACUUGGAGGGCAACUUGAUUCAAUCAGGCGAUGAAGUGCUAUCACUGGGACCUUCUUGGGGUCAAGCUGGUAGUUCGUCGACGCUGUUCUAAGACCGAGGAAUGGAGACUUUCAAUUCUCCUGCGGAGGCGUGCAUCAUACCUUCAUGCCUUCAAUCGACGCCUCGUUAACCAGUCUACUGGCACAAGACAGCCUCGAGUCUUCUCGUCAUUGGUUCCAUGGCAGGCAAGUGCUGGACCAAUCAGAGCAAGAUACAGACAAGACCAAUCAGAACGAGCGAGGGCAUCUCGAAAUAGACGACCAAUCAAGUUCGAAUUUACGCGCCUGAAUCGAC